UUACAUUCUGUUUAUAAACUGCUUGAUUUGAUUAUUAUAUUCCUAUGAUAACAAAUCAUUUAGCUAUCACCAUUGAUCACUUUGAAUGUAAUUAUAAAUAAAAAAUUAACAUUUAAACAUGUCAGAACCGUGGUCUUUUAAAGGUGUAUCUUCUGGUUCUGAGAAAAUGUUUCAUGAUCCAGGAGAAGCUAUGACAGAUAUUCUGGCAAAUCUUGCUCUGCAUAAAAUUGUAUCUGAAGGUAGAAGAAUAGGUUACUUGAAUGCAUUUGUUAAGUUAAUUUCUAAACCUGACACUAAAUAUGAAGACUUUGGUUUUACAUCUGAAGUUAUAUUAUAUUGUCUGAGGCCUAUAUGUUUUUUGGAAUCCACGAAGCUGAAAAAUUCUGCUUAUCGAGCUGUAAGACACUUUGUCAAAACUGAGGAACAUGUAGAUAUUUUAAUCAAAUUGAAAUACGAUUUUCUAAUUGCCAGAGAAAUAACAGCUGGUGGAAUACAGCUUUGCCGUAGAAUUUUAGUUGUGGCGCCUCAUAAAUUAACUCAUGCACCUGUAAGAGCCAUGGUUGCAUUUACUCAUCCGAGUCAUACUGAUAACCUACAAUCUGCUGCUCUUGCAUUCUUAGCCGAAACAGCUUUAUUGAAUCCCAGCGUUUUCAUAACUUGUGGAGGUGUGAGUGCUUUGAUCCAGCCUCUUCCAUCUUUGAGAUCUCCAAAGAUGACAGAAGCACUAUUAGGACCACUUCUGUACCUAGCAAACAGACCAUCAACUAGACAUAAAUCUGGCCUUAGUCUUCAAUGCCUUACUGCCUCUGUGUAUAUGGAUCCUUCUUUUACCAGCAACAAACAUGCAAACUCUGGUAAUGGACACGUCCGAUGGUCCACUACGGCACUGAUUUGCCUAUUAAGGUCAUGGACUGGUCUUUUACAUCUUUGCCAGGGAAAACGGCAAGCCAUAUAUUCAAUUGUCAACAGCUUAUAUAUAUCUCAUCUUCAGAAACCUAUCCUUGAAUUGUUAUAUGAGCUCUUUCAACUUGUGCAACCUGAAUGGACUGAUGAAAUGAGUGUUGCACUUUCGGCAGUUUCUCCUUCACGAUGGCAAGAUAAUUAUCGAAUUGCUGAAGGUUUUGUCGCUGCAGAAGCUGCAGUUUUAGUUCCACACCUUGCUAAAGCUGGUGUGAAUCUAGUUGAAGUUCACCGUGCUGUGGUGCUUUAUUUGUUCUUGGAUGCAAACCUCUUGGAUGCUAUUGUUCAUGUGAUUGUUUCAGAUGAUUCUUUUCUGUCUGUGCAUGCCACAAUUUUGUUAGGUGAAAUCCUCCAUCUGGUACAUACUAUACUACCUCCUGAGCUAGUAAGCCUUACACCUGGUCUUCCUAAUCUUAUAUCAUAUGCAGUACGAGGUUCUCCAGUCAAUUUAUUUCCUAGCUACAAUGAAGUUAAGGGAAAGGUGGAAGAGUGUUUUAAUAUUGGAAAUACGGAAGAUCUAUGGUCUGCUUACAAGUCAUCUUUAGGAAAAUUUAUCAAUUCUGAAUUUAAUUCACCUCAGUUAGGACAAGGUUGCAAUCCAAAUCAUUCUAGUGAAGCACAGGGGCGUGCUUUAUCAGCAAUACUUGCAAUAUCAUGCCUUCACAAAAAACCUCCUACUCCUUCCCUGUAUCUCAGUCACCUUAUUUCAUGCCUCAAGGAGCCGCAACAAACUGAGGAAAAACCGCCACCUAUUGCUCAUUGUACUUGUGAUGAAGCCAUAAAAGAAACUGGAGUAAUGACCUCUAAGGAUCCUUAUGUAUGGAACUGGGAUGUCAUACGUGCUGUAUUAAAGAGGCACGGAGAGACUAUCAGAAAAAGUACUGAUUCUAAUAGAAAAUUAUUUUUAAGAAGACUUGUCAACUUCCUCUUACCAGUUACUGGACAGUAUGGCAGAACAGAAAUAGGCUCUGACCGAAAAUUGAGCUAUAGAUUAACUCUUGCUGCUCUGUCGUUGUUGUCAAUGCUUUUAGCAUCUCCUGAAGAAUCUGAUAGCCAUAAAUACCUACUGGAACUAUUGGGUGCUAUUCGUCUUCAGUUAGAAGAUAUCACUACUGCGAAAUCAGCUCAUGAUUGUCUUCUUUCUCCGGUCAACAUCUCUAGCUCGCUAUGUCAAGAUUAUUUUCUUUUUAUUGGUCACCUUACAAGAGCUCCAGCUGGUAGGAAAGCUUUAGAAAAAGCAAGAAUAUAUCAGCAGUUAUUAGAAUUGGUCAAAACAACUAAUCAAGAAUGCUAUAUAAAACUCAUCGUCUCUACAUUAGAUUACUCUAACGAUGAAAUGGCUCGGAGAAUAUUGAAGUACAGCUUAGAAUCCAAGUCGGUUUCUUGUCGGUUAUAUGCCACAAAGAUCUUGCAUACUCUGAUACGGAUUGGAAUUGGUCAUAAUAAAUCGCUUAUGAAUUUUGUUAUUGGUUUAAUUGUUUGCCAAGCUGGUGAUCCGGAUAGAAAUGUUUCCCAGGCUGCUCUGGAAACAUUACAGGAGGCAGCGUAUUGCAAGGAAUAUGUUGAAGAAAUAGUAGAUCAGAAACCUUGCCUUCUUCGGCACGGAGAUAGCGGCUUACUCCUUCUUAUCCGCUGCUUGUCAACCGAACAGGGUUUCCAGGCUCUGCACCAGGCCAACUUUGUUGAAGGACAGUUUGCCAAAUGGGGGACCCAUUAUAAUUACAGGUAUGUAACAAUAGUGGAAAGCCUUCUAUCUACUCAGUGUUCCAAUGGGAAUAAAGAAGUAUUCCUACCUCCACAUCUUUAUCAGCAACUGGCAUGUCAUCAACAAGGCCUUGCGAUGAUUCUUGCUGAUCCUUACGUUGCUAAGUUGAUUCAGGUACUAGAGAGGUCUAAAGAUCCUGAGACAGACGAAGAACUGAUGGAAGUAAAAACAGCUCUAUACUCUCUCUCAGGAAUAGCGAGUGUGUUGGAUGAUUCAAUCACCUACCAUAUGGUUCGCAUAGCUACAACCAGCAAUAUAUACAGCUUGAGAGCGGUUGCAAUCAUUGCAGUCAGUAAUGUUGCAACAUCGCCCCAUGGUGUUUCUAAACUCCAAGCUUUGGGAUGGUAUAGUGUCUGCCAUAAUCGACAUGAAAGGUGGCCCCUGAUUCCUUCUCGUGUAGUGCACCCUGCUUUCGAGAACGAAGUUAUAACUAGUGAGAGUGAAAAAAGUCCACUUUUUGAUCUCCCCGAAGAAUCUCUGUCUGUUGAUGGUUAUGGAGAAGAAUCAUUUUGGAGUUUUGCUGGUGGGAGAACACAGCGUGUCCACGAAAGAAGGUCUGCCACUCUUCCUCACAACACCUGUACCCCAGCUAUUUAUCAUAAUCGGAGUUAUAGUGAAAGCAAAGCCGAACAAAGUGAUAGUUCAGAUUAUGCUAAAUACGAAGGGGGAAGGAAGAGCAGAUCUAAUAGUUACACCGAUAGCAGCACAAGUGGCGAUUCCACUACAUAUAUAAGGCAUCACAGCAUUAGUGAAAGGGUACAAACUCUGAGCCCGAUACCAAGCACCGGUUCCUUGGUUACUUAUCACCAUCCUCACACUAGAAGAGCCAGCAUUAUGUCCAGUUUUUCAAGAAGCAGCAUAAGAGGGAGUAGGCAGAGCAUUUUGAAAUCUUUGGGCCAAUCUCCUGCAUUACCCAUUGGAUUAAUAACAUACGGUGAACUGCAGCAGCUUUCACCUGUUAUGAGACAGAAACCUGUGUUAAACAACGGAGCUUGGAAUGAGCCAGAAGUGAAAGAAGAAGUAGAUUUUUCUACUCUAGACGAAACUGCACCAGAUGUCGUUUCAGUUCAAUCUUCUGGGCCGGAUUUGCCCAUCCCUGUUCAUAUGGGAAUAACCCUUCCAGUUUCUAUUGAAUCUCUUUUCUUAAAAGAAGAAAAAAAUCUUGUAAACAAUCAUGUGUCUUUUGUAUCGAAAAAUCUUCGAGUUCAAGGUCUGAACGACUUGAAAAAUCCUUCUUUUCACCGUGAAAUAUGUUUUCUCGGUCCAAAGUGUGUUCAUAAUACAAUGGUCAACACGUCAGAAUCGGAAGGCCAGUAUAUGGUGGACGGAGAGUUGGAUCUUGAGAAGGAACCUCUGGAUGAUAAUAGUGGCGAUGAAAGUUCUAUAUCAGACGUAGAAAGUCUUGUUGAGAAACCAAUGCCAAUCAUUUUUAAAAGUAGAGCAGUUAUCAGAAGUGAACUGACAAGAAUGGUUGAGCAGUUGUCAAAUCCAAUUUUGCAUAAGACUUGUAAACAAUCUCUACUUCAAAUCAAGCAAGCUCAUGGUGAUCUGUUUCAAGAUGUGUGCGUGUUUAGUGAUGUUUGUUAUGUGUUAUCAACAUGUCAGGUACGGAUAGCAUCCAGGGACUUCUUAAAUGAACUAUUUGAUACUUCCUUUGAUGAAAUUUGGACGGAGGUCAAGAAUAUUUUUCAAGAAGCUUGCAGUAGAAGAAUAAAAGCAGCGGGCUGAUAUUUUUUCUUUCACAUCUGUAUUUUAUAUUGUGUAUAUUUAAAACGUGUAUUUUAUUUUUAAAAAAUAUUAAUAUUUUAUUAUCACAGUGUGUACAUAAUUCAGUAAACAUUGUCUUGUAGAUUGUUUUAAAUUCUAUCUUGCCUCUUUACAAUAUUGUAAAUAAUUAAAUAUUUUAUCACCUAUUUUUAAUAACAAGUGUUUGUUACUAUAAAUAAAAUUAAUCUGUUUUAAAAUUCAUGAGCCAGAAUUGAGAUUUAUUAUUUUGGACAAAAUAAUAAUUUUUUUAUAAUAUUUAUUAAUUGAGUAUUAUGUAGUUUGUCACAAGUUCCUAGAUAUUACUAUUCCC